AUGAGCUUCGCGGAAUCUUCCGCGACGGGCCGCCGGGAUGCCGCCGCGGAGGGCUCCUCUGCGUCGCGCCGCGCGGCAGCAUCAAUGCCAGCCGUUACAGCAGCAGAAGGGGCGCGGCGCAGCGAUUCGGUUCCGGUUAUCUCCGCUCACGAGCUCACGCGCCGCUUCGUCUUCACGGAUCUGCUAGGGGAGGGAAAGUUCGGCCGCGUUUGGCGCUGCUUGGACCGCCACGGCCCCACCAGCGAGCCGCUCGCGUGCAAGCAGAUCCUCACCGCUCAUCUCACGGCGGAGCAACGGCUGGCGCUUCACCGCGAAAUCGCCGUCUUGCGACGCCUGCAGGGCCACCCGAACGUGCUGCGACUGCAUGCGAUUUGCGACGGCGACGGUGGCGCAUUGGACGGGUUUGGUUCGGAAAAAAAGUUGUGUGGUUCGGACGCGUUUGGUUCGGGGUGGGAGGAUGCGUCUGUCGCGAUUCGGGAAAUCGUCGCGCGGCCCGGUGUGUAUCUCAUUACGGAGCUGUGUACCGGCGGCGACCUGUUUGACUUGAUUGACCAGUUUGAACACGGUGUGGACGAACGAACCGCGGCGGGAAUUUUCGUCCAAAUCGCGCGCGCUGUGGAAUGGUGUCACCUACACGAUAUAGUCCACCGCGAUAUUAAGCCCGAAAACGUUCUUAUAACGGGCCAAGAGCCGCCGUUGUCGCCGGCGUCAAAGCGAGCUUCUGAUAGGCGAAGCAUUUUCGCAAAGAACGGGAUUUGCGGGCCGUCGUCGUCAUACUCGUCGUGCUCUCCCAUUUGUAACCCGGUCUCUACAUUCUGCCCGUCCUUCUGCCCGUCUCCGCCUCCCGCCAUGACUCCACUCGAGGAUCAAAACAGCGCUCCCCAGAAGUCAAAGCCUAUACUCGCGUCCUCUGCCUCUAUUCCAGCCUCCUCCUCCUGCUCAUCCUCGUUACAAGACUUUUCGCUGCUUUCCCCUUCGUCGUCCUCCUCAUCUCCCUCCUCUUCCUCCUCCUCCUCCGUCUCCUCCCAUUCCUGUUCCUCCUCGCCCUUCCACGCCUUCGUCACCUCGUCUCCGCUUCCUUCUCCCCUUCCGUCUCCUGUUGCUUCUUCGCUUCCUUCCGUCGCCAAGGCACUUCAUUCCAACAGCAAUUCCGCCCAGGCGGUAUACGCGCCAUGGGACUCGCCGCGAAACGCGGACCACAAGUCCGCGCGCGCGUCCAUCUUUCCGCACAGCCGUAGCGAUCCGUCAGGCAGCAAUGCCGAUGCUGCUGCUCAAGCUGCCGCCGCUGCUUCCCCUGCCGCCGUUGCCGCCGCCGCUGCUUCCGCUGCUGCUGCUGCUCCGCGGGGAGUUACUUCGGCGUGCUCCGCGUCGCCGCCAGCGGGCGCAUGCACUGACGCGAGAGCUUCGCGGGCGGCCCUUCCCGCGCAAGCGAUCCCGCGGCCCCAGAUCGCGGUUCCACGCGCUUACUCCGCUACGGAGAUUUCUCCGCGCGCCUGUCAUUCCGCCGCGGGAAAGGUCUCUGGCGAGUGCGCAGCAGCCGUUUCCCCGCAGGGCGUGGGUAAUGACGGGGAUGAAUUCGAGAAGCGGAUAUAUCCGAGCCUGUUUGGUGGGGCUCCCGAGCCUGAGGUUCGGCUCGCGGAUUUUGGGAUGGCGUGUGAGGUGCCUCCAGGCUCGGCAAUCAUGGGCUUGGCUGGAAGUGAACCGUACGAGGCUCCUGAAAUGGUGGGGAUGAAACGUUACGACCAUCAAGCAGAUGUGUGGUCCCUGGGGGUUCUCCUGCACACCCUCCUCUCUGCGACGUGGCCAGAAUUCCCAGAUGGAAAGCGUGAGCUUGUGCCGGAGGAUUUGACGGUGCGCCCGUGGCCGUCGAUCUCUGAGGAUGCGAAGGAUCUGAUCCGUCAGAUGCUGGUGGUUGAUCCGAAUGAACGGCUGGAUAUUCACUGCGUGCUUCAGCACACGUGGUUGGUGAAAUGGAUGAGGAGGCAGAGAGGGCGGCAGAAUUGGAAAGCUCCAGAAUCGCUUGAGCUGCAGGGGCAAGGGCGUGUGAAGGAGCAGCUGCAGCAGCAGCAGCAGCAGCAGCAGCAGAAAUUGACAAAUUGUGACGUCAUCGCGAACGGAUCCAGUGGCGCCGUCUUAGAAUGCACAGACAAGGAGACCGGCCAAGGGCUGGCCUGCAAAGUGAUGCUCAAGAACGCGCUGCGAACAGAAGCCGACAAAAACGGCCUGCGGCGCCGGCUGGAGAUCAUGAAGCAGGCCGGCGCGCAUCUGAACGUGGUGUCGCUCGUGGGCGUGUUUGAGGACACGUGUGCAAUCUACGUGGUCAUGGAGCGCUGCUUAGGUGGCGACUUACUGGAGUACAUCAGCAAAAUGGGCGCGAUUCCAGAACCGCAGGCGGCUAUUAUGUUUCGGCAGCUCGCAUCGGCUGUCGCCUUCUGUCACGACUAUGGGAUCUUACAUCGCAACUUAAAGCCCGAGAACGUGUUUCUCACGUAUGGGACGGCGGACGACCUAAACUACGCGUCGCCCGCGCUCUCCUCCUGUAGCUCCUUCUCCUCCUCCUCCUCUUUCUCCAUCUUCUCCCCGUCACUCUCCGCCUUCUCCACCCCGCUAAGUUCCCCCGCGCGGCAUGCGAGCGCUUCCGCCUCCCCCUCCCCCUCGUUCAAUCCCCCAUCCCCCUCUCCUUUCAGCAGAAGCUCCGCUGCUUCCCCCGCCCCAUCCAGCUCGGCCUCCCCCGUUGGCUCUUCCCCCAGCCUUCCCCUCCCUCCCCCCUCGCCGUCCGCAGCACCUACCGCCUCGCGCGUCCAGAACCCAGAUUCCGGAACGCUUUCUGAAUCCAACUCCGAGCCCCCCGAUUCCUCCGCCUCUCCCGCCUCUGCCUCUGCCUCCGCCUCCGGCGCCGCUGGCGCCGCCGCUGCCGGAGAAGCAGAAGCACUACCUGCAGACGACGUUCCAGACGCAACCCCAGCCUUUUUUGCGUUCAACUUUCAGGGCCCCUUCGUGCGACUGAACGACUUCACUCUGGCGACGCGUCGUCGCAGAGGGACGUACGUGAGCGGCGCGGUUGGAAGCCUGCCGUACAAAUCGCCAGAGAUGAUUAUGAAGGGUCGGUCCAACGAGAAGGCGGACAUUUGGAGCCUGGGAGUCAUUCUCUACUCCAUGCUCUGCGCUCGGUGGCCUUUUUAUUCGCCUAAGAAGGCGGUUCUUGAGCGGAAGAUCCUGAAUGGCCACGUCGACUUUUCCGGUGAUCCCUGGCCGUCGAUCUCAGAUGACGCAAAGGAUCUCGUCCGUCGAAUGCUGGCUGUCAAUCCGAACGAACGGCCGUCCGCUACGGAGCUGCUAAAGCAUCCAUGGGUGCUGAAGUUUCUUCUAGCGGAAUCCCAGGGGGAGAGCUCGGGCGCUGAUGCUAGCGCAGCAGGCACAGGUGUUGGGGGAAGCGGAGGGGUGGCGGUGGCGCAACAAGUCAAGAACGGAAAGUUAUCCGGAAGGGAGGUUACCGAAGAGGGGUGGAACUACCGACUGAAAGCGCCGCCGCUGAAAUCGCUACAGCUGCUGGGUCCCUCCCACCCUUCUGAAAAGCUGUCAGCAUAG